AUGGUAGAGGUUCUGCACGAUAACGUAUGGGAAAAAAACUUUCGAUUUAUAAAUGAAAGGGAACGAACAAGGUUCAGAAGUCAGAUUCUCUUUUUUUCUUCUUUUUUUUACGUCUUUAUUCUCAUCGUAUUUCUUACUGCUUUAUGUAAUUUUUUUUUCUUUUCUAAAUUCUUCCCCUUUUCCUUCAUUUUUUUAUUUUUUAAUUUUCAUUUUCUUUUUAUUCUACUGAACUUUUGUUAUUGUCGUUCUUGUUUUGGUUGUUUUGUUGUUGUUUUAAUUCUCCAUUCUAACUUGUUCUAUCAUUGUCACCACUUUUUUUCAUUUUUCUCCAUUUUUUUUUUCUUUUUUUCAUUUACUCGAUCUUCUUUCUUCACGGUUUUCUUCUUCUUGACUUACACAUUGUUCUUCUUCACCAUUUUCACAUUCUUAGAUAAUAUCCUAUUUUGCUCUUUUACGGACUUCCUCAUUCGUAUGUUUCUCUUCCUUCAUCAUUAUUUUUUAUUCUUCUACAUUUUCUUGUUUAAUACUAUUUCUUCUUUUGCCUCUACUUCUUUGUCUUUUCCUACUUUUCUUUUUCUUUUCUUCUUCUUCUUCUCCUUUAUCUUCUUCUUCUCCUACUGA